AUGUCAUCUCCGCCAGUGAUGGAAGACUCUUCGCCUCCAGCCCUGACGCCUGUGAGACCCUCCAAUGGAGACUCCACCCAGGCCCUGGGCUCCUACCUGAAUCUGGCUUCGCAAAACCAGCCGUUAGAGCUGGCUUCGUCGCCUCUUUUCUUCGACCACUCCUCCGAUCCCAAUCGCUCCUCGGACUCGAGGAAAGUCUCCUCCCCGCUUCCAUACAGCUCGUCCAGUCGUGGAGGUGCUCCACUGAGCUCGAGAAUUCGUUCUGAUGCCCUCACUUCGGACGUCGACAGAAUCGUGAGAAGGCCAAUCAGAUCCGACUUGUACGGAGACGCCUCUCCUAGAAGAAGAAUGUUUGACGGUGCCCAGCUUUCAAGUGAAAGGGGCAAUCAGCUCGGCUCGCAGGUGGGCUCGUCAAGAUUGGGCUCGUCUCAGUUGUCUUCGCAGCCAAACCAUGAAGAUUCGGCUGAGCCAGUCAGAGUCAUUUGGGGUACAAACGUGUCGAUCCAGGAUUGCACCAACGCCUUCAGAGACUUCCUCAUGCUGUUCAAGAUGAAGUGCCGUAAAGUGGCCGACGGCGAGCCUGUCUACCCAGAGGACUCGGAGCUCUACUAUGUGGGCCAGCUUAAUAACAUGAGAGACUUGGGCACCACCAACUUGAACUUGGAUGCCGCUAACUUGAAAGCCUAUGAAGGAACGAACAGGCUCUACUACCAGCUCAUCAACUACCCCCAGGAAGUCAUUCCCAUCAUGGACCAGACCGUCAAGGACUGCCUUGUUUCGCUCUUCCUGGACUCCUCUGCCGUGCCAACAUCCAUUGACGAUAUCGAAACCAACAUCUACACCAUCAGACCUUACAACAUCAAUGCUGUUCCUCGUGGUAUGCGUGAAUUGAACCCAAAUGAUAUCGACAAGUUGGUUAGCGUCAAGGGAUUGGUGUUGCGGGCCAGUGCCAUUAUUCCCGACAUGAAGGUCGCUUUCUUCAAGUGUAACGCUUGUGACCAUACUAUCGCCGUGGAAAUCGACCGUGGUGUCAUCUCUGAACCUACAAAGUGUCCUAGACAGGUUUGUGGUCAGGUCAACUCCAUGUCCCUCGUUCACAACCGUUCGUCCUUCGCUGAUAAGCAGGUUAUCAAAUUGCAAGAGACGCCAGACUUGGUUCCAGACGGACAGACUCCACACUCUAUCAAUUUGUGUGUUUACGAUGAGCUCGUAGACACUUGCCGUGCCGGUGACCGUGUGGAAGUGUGUGGUAUUUUCAGAUCUUUGGCUGUUCGUGUCAAUGCCCGUCAAAGAGCAUUGAAGAACUUGUACAAGACAUACUUGGAUGUCGUCCAUAUCAAAAAGAUCGACAACAAGAAAUUGGGCGUGGACCCUUCGACCAUGCUGCAAAGAGCUACUGACACCAACGAGGUUGAACAGGUGAGACACUUGAGCGCCGAAGACAUUGAUCGGGUGAAGGAGAUUUCCCAAAGAGACGAUUUGUACGAAGUGUUGGCCCGCUCUUUGGCUCCAUCUAUUUACGAGAUGGACGACGUCAAGAAGGGUAUCUUGCUUCAGCUUUUUGGUGGUGCUAACAAGACUUUCCAAAAAGGUGGUAGAUACAGAGGUGAUAUCAACAUUUUGCUUUGCGGUGAUCCUUCCACAUCCAAGUCUCAGCUUUUGCAAUAUGUUCACAAGAUCUCUCCAAGAGGUAUCUACACCUCUGGUAAGGGUUCUUCUGCAGUCGGUUUGACAGCGUACAUCACCAGAGACAUUGACACAAAACAGCUUGUUUUGGAGUCUGGUGCUCUUGUGCUUUCUGAUGGAGGUGUGUGUUGUAUUGAUGAGUUUGACAAGAUGAGUGAUGCCACUAGAUCGGUGUUGCACGAAGUCAUGGAGCAGCAGACUAUUUCUAUUGCCAAGGCUGGUAUCAUUACGACAUUGAAUGCCAGAACCUCGAUCUUAGCUUCAGCCAACCCCAUCAACUCUCGCUACGACCCUAACUUACCGGUCACCAGCAACAUUGACUUGCCUCCUCCAUUGUUGUCCCGUUUCGAUCUUGUGUACUUGAUUUUGGACAAGGUUGACGAGUCCAUCGACAGACAAUUGGCUCGUCACAUCACUGACAUGUAUUUGGAAGAUGUUCCAGAGACCGUGUCCGCCAACAAGGUGCUUCCAGUUGAAACCCUCAGCGUCUACAUUCAGUACGCUAAGGAGAACAUCAACCCACAGAUCACCAGCGAAAGUAAGGCCGAGUUGGUGAGAGCCUACGUCGAUAUGAGAAAGCUUGGUGACGAUGCCCGCUCUUCUGAAAAGAGAAUCACCGCUACCACCAGACAACUCGAGUCUAUGGUGCGUUUGGCCGAGGCCCAUGCUAAGAUGAGAUUGAGCCCUACCGUUGACCUCAUUGAUGUGAAGGAAGCUGUGCGUUUGAUCAAGUCGGCCAUCAAGGACUAUGCCACCGACCCUAUUACUGGCAGAAUUGAUAUGGACAUGGUGCAAACCGGCACGACGACAGCCAAGAGAAGAAUGCAAGAGGAUUUGGCCAACGAGGUGCUUGGCUUGCUUGACGACAGCAACAACCAGCAACUUCGGUUCACGGAGCUUGUGACCAAGCUUAAUGAGAAGCUGAGUAUCAGAAUCGAGAACAGCGAUCUCAACGAGUGUAUCAGAAGGUUGCAGCUGGAGGGCAAGGUCGUGGAGACUGGUGACGCACAAAGAAGAAGUAUCAGGAAGUUGGCAGUUGUCUAG